AUGUUGUUGGGUACAGAAACGUUCUUCAGUCUUCUAUCUGUAGGACAAAUCAAUCUUGGAUCUAAUUUACCAAUCUUGCAAAAAACACUCUUAGGCUGGAUUGUUUCGGGACGCUAUAAGACGGGCAGUAACAACAUAUUCAACCCAUCUUGUUUAUUUUUAGCCAAUGAAUCUUUAGAUGCCAAAUUGGAAAAGUUGUGGAAAUUGGAAGAAAUCACUACCAUACCAGAGCCUUGGACUCGUGAACAACAGAUUGUCAAAUUACCUUUGAAGGAUGAUCCAACAUGUUUGGGCGAGUCAUAUACUACGGCAUUGAGACGAUUUAAUGCACAAGAACGUCGAUUAGCCAAAUCACCACAAUUGAAAGCACACUACGUUGAAUUUAUGAGCGACUACGAGAGUUUGGGUCACAUGAGCGUUGUAAAAAAUCCAAAUCUCAGCGAACCGCAUUAUUAUAUACCACAUCAUUGUGUGCUAAAGCCAACAA